AUGCCUCCGAGGGGAAAGAAGAGCAAUUCGCGACCUAUUGAUCGAGUAGCUGGCACGGCGGCAAAGAGGGCCAAGGGACAGCCAGCAACUGCAGGCUCGGCGGCGGCGGAUCUGGCCGCGACAGCGACGGCCUGCGCUCGUGCGGUCAAGCGCUUCAACCUGCUGGCCGUGCCGCAACGCGAUCAAGACGAGGCGGCUUGGGAGAGCUAUAUCAAGGCGCGCGAGCAGGCAAUCAAGGACGCAGGGUGCGACGGCGAGUACCACGAGGGUGCGGACUACGAUGGGCAGUUCAUCUCGCGCCCGAUGGUGCAUAGCGCUGUCCGGACGACGCUGGAGGGGUUCAAACAGCUGAGCGCCACGGACCGCCGGCUGCUGCUGCGGUCCACUACGAUCGUCACGGCCGAGGUCGAUUGGGCUGAUAGCGACGACGUGCGCGGGCUGGACGUGCAGGCGCGCGUGUUUGCGGUGGACGGCCCCAACGUGGUCGACAUCCGCCACGACUACCACCACCGCGACAGGCGCGUCACAUGGGGUUACGGCCAUGAGCACAUUGCAGAGAUCAAGUUUUCUGUGGGCCGCCCAGCCGGGCCGCAUCCGGCCGACAAGAGCCGGGAGUGGGUCAGGGCGUGGCGCGUCACCAUGGCCGACACGAGGCACUACCGCGAGGUGCGGACGUUCGGCCUGAGGGCGUCCCACAUCCAGCAGAUGAGGGGCGCCCUGUUCACGGGGCCGGCGGGUGAGAAGAUCAGCAAGAAGCUCUCCGACCACGAGCUUAUGACCUGGCUGCUGGCGGCCGCGGGGUACUCAUCAGGCUACGGCCCCUACGGCUUUGAGGUUCGCCACGCCUGCGACGGCUGGGACGGCGUCAACCUGCGGCGCGUGUGCGGCGCGGCGACGGCGGAGGACGCGGACUGGGAGGAGGACGCGUUUGAGGCCAGCGACCACAGUGACGAGUUUGGGGACAGGGACGAGUACGAAGACGAGGACGAGGACGGCUCUGAGGGCGGGGGCCGCUCAGAGGACCCUUACGGGCACCCCUGGUACUUGUGA